UCUGAUAUGGCUUCACCAUUCCUAGCGUUUCCAUACUUCGCUUUAGUAGCUUUAUUCUAUCGACAAUCAGAUGGAUUUAUUAAAAAAUGCGAUAAUCUUUAUGAAUAUUGGAAGACAUUGCCAGUCCUUAUAUUGAGCAUCUUAUGUUUUCUUGUCGGUGCUGGUCUUCGCGGUCGUGAUCGAGGUUACACUGCACUCGGCCUACUUUUUGGAGCUAUUGGGGAUUAUCUCAUCGGUCGAUCCAAUGAUGGUUUGAUUGUAGGAGCAAUUUUCUUUGGUAUUGGCCAUAUUUUUUAUUUGGUUAUAACAAUUGUUGCAGCAUCUUUCUACGUUAUCAUUGGCUGGUAUGCUUUGUUGCCUCUAAUCCUGCAUCAUACAAUCGCUUCAAUCUUGCUUAUUUCAUAUUCGGUGUUAUUGGCCACAUGCUUCAUUUUAAGUGGGUCACUAUAUGUCUAUGGUGUUAUGAAAAAUUUUCAGAAUAAUCUCCUACGAUUUGUUGGGUUUAUAUUCUUCUAUGCAUCAGAUUCCGCACUUAUUAUGUAUCAUGUUGGAUACAAAUUUCCAUUUGCUGAAAUCAUAAUUUUAUUGACAUAUUUUGUGGCACAAUACUUAAUCGUUUGGGGAACUUGCAAAACACACAGAUUAGCAAUAAUUUCCAAAAAAAUGAAGUAA